AUGGCCGGCGCUUCCCGCCGUUCCCCCGACCGCGCCGCAUCGCGCGCAAACCCCAUGAACCCCCCGCGGCCCCCCAAUGCCUGGAUCCUCUACCGCUCCGACAAGCUCAAGCAGAUGAUGCAGUCGCAGCUGCAGCACGGCCACCCCAAGAAGCCGCAGUCGAGCGUCUCGAAGGAGGUCGCGGCGAUGUGGAAGGCAGAGGACCCCGGGGUGCGCGGCGAGUACGAGCGGCUGGCGGACGUCAAGAAGGCGGAGCACGCAGAGCAGUACCCCGGAUACAAGUUCCAGCCGAUGAAGAAGGAGGAGAAAGCGCGCCGCCGCGAGGAGAAGCGGCUGGAGAAGGAGCGCGCGCGCGAGGAGGCCAAGCGGGCAAAGGCGCAGAUGUCGGCAUACGCGCCCCAGUACGUGCCGAUGGUGCACAUGCCGUACUACCACGACCCCGAGCUGCCUGGGUUCCCGUCGCCGCCGAUGUCGGCCGCGUCCACGCCGUGCUCGACGCCGGGCUCGUCGCUGUCUGAGCUCGCGCCGGAGCACGCGAGGCCGCCCUCGAGUGCGCCCACACCGGCCCCGGCAGCGCAGGUGUCGUACGCGAUGCCCCCGCCGCCGGAGCCUGUCGCGUCGGGUUCGACCGCGGGACCCGCGGUGCAGCCACCGGCGGCGCAGUUUCUGCAGGUGCCGGGGCAGAAUAGCUGGUCUAUUCCGCAGGCCACGGACGCGUCGUCGUCGCAGCCGGGACCGUCCAACUGGACACUCGACGGGCAGCCGCAGGCAGAGAUCGACCCGCUGGACUGGCUGACGCUCGACAUCCCUUCGUUCGACGACGACGCGGCCCCGUUCGCCGGCGACGCGAACAUGCACACGGCCGACGCGAACGCGAACGCGGGCGGCGACGCGCUCGCGCUGCUGGCGGAGGGCGCGAGCAUCUGGCGCAUGGACGCGUUCGACGCGGGCGCGUUCCUGGCGGACCCCCCCGGCGACUUUGACGUGCAGUUCGGGCAGCUGACGGCGUUUGACGCGGGGAUGGCGGGCAUGGGGGACGUGCGGCUGGGCAUGGAGAUGGGGAUGGGGAUGGGGCAGGACGCGCACGCGCCCGGCGGCGAUGUGCAGCGGCAGGCGGAGCAGUUCUCGGAGCUGCUGUCGCAUUUCGACUUUUCGCAGCUGCCGGGGGGCAGGAGCCUGUUCCCGUCGAGCGCGGCCAGCGGUGGCGGCGGCGCGGGGAGCGCGGCAAGGGUGGGAUACCAGGAGACCGUUCAAACAUCGAGAGAUAGGGGGAAUAGAGGACACUACAGGGGAGCGCACUGUGGGUCUGUGCGAGGGGACUAG